UGGCCGCUGUUUGUCUCAAUUAGUUGCCUCAACUUAAAAGGUAUUAAACAUGCGAAAGUAUCAGCAACUGGCACUGUUGCUCAUAUCCUGCUUCAGCGUUGGCAUCCUGAUGAUGUACAAAAGCGAAAACAAUCGCCUGAAAUAUGUGCUCAAGUAUGUCAACUUCUUUGGACGCAAUGAUGCCGCCGUCCUGCGACGCCUGCAGAAUGGAACGGAAACCGAGGAUGAGCAGCAGGUGCUGAGGACAGCAUUCUCCAAGCCAUUGCCCGUUUGGCAGCUGAUAGGCGACUCCUUUCAUGCUUAUUCCGCAUAUUGGAAACGGAAUGAACUGGUGGCUGGAGGAGAAGCGCAUGUUAUUGUUGUGGGCAGGAAGGGAGCUGUUGUUGAUUUUCGCUGCAACUUUGAGGUCGGCGGACGCAGCGUGCAGGGUAAAUUUCGUUUUCAACGGGAUGCAACUGAAGGCGUAGUCGACGACAAUGGCGCCACAUUUACCUACUACAAUUUCUUCUGUCAAGUCAGCCGUAACUUUGGACAGCCGGAUUACGUCUCUUUUAGCGACACUACGGCGUCCACAAAGAGACAGGUGAAAUUACGUUUGCGUUAUGUGAAACCCACAAUUACCAACACAGCUACAAAAAGCACAGCGUCCACUCCAUCCGUCCAUGUCAGAUUACCGGCAACGAUUUGUGUGGAUCUUGUCAGCUUUAACAUGAGCUCAACGUUCGCACGUAACGCGGACGCAAUGCUGCAGUUCUUUCUGUUCCAUCAGGCACUUGGUGUGGAGCACUUUCUGGUCUACAACUAUGAUGAGCUAUCAGAGAAUGUGGUGCGCCUGUUGGAGCGCACCAAACUGCAUCUAUAUGGACUGCCGUUUAAUUUUCCCUUUCUACAAACAAAUACAACAACUGCCCGCAUUAGGCAAUUGAUUCUUUCCGAUUGCCUGCUGCGCAAUGUGAACUAUGCUGGCUUCACCAUGCUAUUGACCCCCAAUGAGCUUGUGUAUCCAAAUGCACGCUUUGCCAGCGAUACGAAACGUGCGCUCCAACAGCAACUGCGUCACUUCUCCACAGAAACAUGCCGCUUUGAGUUGGCCACAUAUGCCGUCUGCUUUGAUGAGCAUAAAAAGCUGCUUUUGGAUAAUGUCCAAUAUGAUCCGGAGGUGAAGGCGCCGCAUAAGUUAAUAUUGUAUCGCUUGGAGUUGCCGCCGGCGCAGCUGCUGCUGCCCACGGCGACAACAGUGGAAUUGCCACUGUCCAGCGGACUGGCGCAUCGAUAUGUGGACUGUGAGCAGGUGGGAAAGGACGGACUCCACGACUGGCGAAAUGGGGUGCGUGAGGAUCUAAUGGAUCACAUCAAUACGCUGCGCAAUGAGGUCGAUUUACUCAUUUAAACUUAAGUCUAGAUAGGUAGCAACUUAGUUAGAUUUAGAUGCCUUUUGAGAUAUACAAUUCUUGACUGCCAUAAAGCAAUGCAUACGAUUGAAUUAUAUAUUUUACAAUAAUAAAUAGACAAUUAUAAAACAUCAAAUAGGCAA